UACCUGUUCAUGCGUGUAAAUCACCAAGGUCACGGCUUCCUUUCCGGCACAUGGCGGUGUUUAAACUUUUGUUUACAUGUUUACAAACGAACACGAAUUAAUUAUAAGUAAAAUCAAUAUGUAACGAGAGUCAAUAUUUAGGUUCAAACGUUUAAGUAAAACAGAUACAAAAUGUUGCACGUAACAACAGAAAUUGGAAGACCGGGAAAGAAAGAACGUGAAAAGCGACACUAUCCACAGCUACAGAAUGUUUGUACUGAUUAUGGACCAUAUAAACCCAGAGGCAGACGAUAUAUACCUCAUGGAUAUGGAUUCUACGAUGAAUGGACACCACAUAACCAGAACAUACAAGUUCAAUAUUCAGAAGCUGGUCCAGAUUGGUCUUCCAAACUGAAGUAUAUAGAUCAUCCUCAGAACCCAAAAUACCCAGCAGCAGAGAUCUUCCCUGAGAACUGGAAAGCUAUGAGGCCAUACCCAUUUACUUAUAGGAGGUCAGAUAAUGAGUGGUUAUUAGACCCUGGACUGUCCAAUAAAGGAAUGAAAUGUACAUUUAAUGGUGUUCAUAGAGCAACUGAUACUUCUUCUGAUGAAAUAACACAUAGAAUGUUAUAUGGAAGAGGCAGAAGGGAAGUAACCAUAGAUAAGAGGAAUGGUUUAUCCUAUGCCUCUGAGGGAGACAAGAAUUAUCAGGCUCCAGAAUAUAGUUCUGGCUUCCAUAGAGUGGGAUCUUCACUUCCACUCGCUCAGUUCGGUGCUAAUUUUGGCAAAAAACAAGUAGAUACAUUCGUACCCCUCCAGCCUUUACCAUCUGUCAAAAGAGACACAUUUAGAGAAGUAGAGAGAAGAAAACAGAAAGAAGCAGAAAUCAAUGUAGUGAAAAAUUUAGAUGUAUGGAAACCUGCCACACCGCUGAACAUUAUACAACACAACGAGGAAGUGGCUGCUGCCACCAAAAAAUAAUGAUGUGCUACCACUAUUAGGCCAUAUUAUUGGUUUUGGCUGCCAUUUAAAUAGCAAUGUUCUGCCAUAGUUUUCUUAUCAGUAUUAUGACAUCCUAUCAGCUAUUUUUUUAAGUUUUCAUGGCAUCAUGAAAUAAUAUUAUAUUUUUGAUAGCAAAUGAAAUGCAAUUUGAAUUUAUUGAUGUUUUGUUAUCCAACAUUGAUUAUGUAGUUUCUCAAAUCUUUUUUUGCAAUAGAGCUCGAAAAUGAAUUGAACAUUCCCAUUCUGUACCUUUUUCUUGAUCAAAUCUUCUUAUUAAUCAUUUGGUGCAAUGCAUUUUGCUGUAGACUAUCAGUGUUGACAAUUUUCUUUUUCCAAAUUUUAAAUGCUAACGUAGAUGUAAUUAAAAUUAUUUGAAAAAGGAGUUAAUAUACAUCCCCCAUGGUAAAAUACUGCCAUAUAGGGUAAGGCAAUUCAGAUUUUAUUCAAAGGACGAUAAACUUAUUCUGACAUAGAUUUUGGUAGUUAGUGUUAAAUUAGUGCUCACAAUUACAGUGAAAUUGUAUAUGUUGUCAGUUUCUGUUCUACCUUCCAACAUCUGCCAUCUGUUUUCUUUUUGUAUUCAAUUUUAUUUUAUGAAGUAACUAAUUUAUUGUCAAGAAAAUGGCAUUUGACAAUAUAAACAUAAAUGUAGCUAUAAAUGACUAAAAUCAAUGCUAUUUGAGUGAGCUUUACAGCUUUUUACCAUGGUUACUGCCCUUUUGAAACAUAAUACGUAUUCUAGAUUGUCCUCUUCAUGAAAUUUCCCUUCUAUCCUAAUUUUCUGUUUGAAUCACUAUAGUUCACAGUCUUCAUACUGAUAUGCACAAUAGUUACAUAUCAUUGUAUUCAUAAAAUACAAAUUUACUUAUAUGAUUUGCUCAAUUAUUUAUUUAAGUAUAUAAGAUAUUUAUGUGUUUAUGAAAGAUACAUACAAUGUAUGAUUGAAAUAAUUUUGUGACAAAUGUUUUACAUGGUUUAAAUUGGGUUAUGUAGAUGUUUGCUUAAAAGUAAUGAUACAAAAGAAUUUGUCAACACCAAGUGAAUGGACUUCAUGUGAUAAAACAUUAUAUAUGUUCAAAUAUUGAUUCGAUGUGUGUAUGUGUAAUAUAAAAAGAUUAGGAAAGACUAGGUUCUGUCUUACUUUGGGCUACUUUAAUCUUAGUUUUAUGCCAUAUAAUCUUAAACUUCUUAGACCAAAAGAAUAAGAGUUUCUUAUUUUUCAUAAGUUGACCAACAAUGCACAACAGCUUCCGUAUAGAAACUGUAAUUACAAAUGACAUUAUACUUGUACUGAUUUCUAACAUAUCAGUAUAUGAAAUGCAAAAAAACAAAUUUUACCAUUUUUCAUUCUUGAAAAAGUGACAAAUGAUCAAGAUAUUUUGUUAUGGAGCCCGAGAAGUAUACAUUUUAAUACUUUUGACUGACUGUAUCAUCAGUAGGUGAAAUAAUUGUUAUGUUACUAAAGACAUCAAUGUUAUAUGUUUUAUGACAAUUGCUUUCUUGUUAUCAGUAUUUAAAUAUUGAUAUUACAAUCUUUUAGUUAUUUAUUUAUUCAUUUAUUUAUAAUUCUGUUUUUUAUUUCCUUUUAAUAGUGAAAAUAUUACUUUAGUCUGAAUUCAGAAAAAAAAAUCCAAAUUUAUUGUGAAUGAUUAAAGAUGAUUGAACAUUUUGCGUGUUGUAUUACGUUUUUGAUUUUAUAACAUCUCCUUUUAUUAUUCAAAAUACUUUAAGCUUAUCAUCAGUAUUAAAGCUUUAAUGUGAUAUAUUUUAUACCGAUGUUAUCAUGUAUGUUACAGGGUUUGAUGUAAAGAUAGAGCUCAAUAUUAUCAAAAUUUACAAUGUGUGAGAAAUAUACUUUUCAAAUCAGUUUGUUUGAAUUUAGAAAUCUUUUAUUUUUGUAUUUUCGUGUUAUGUUUACAUAGAUGUGAUAUAUUUACAUGUUUGUUCUUUGUUGUUGUAAAUAAACAAAGUUGUCUACCUAUAUUUACGAUUUUAAACUAUGCUGUUAUUUAUUUAUAAGUAUCUGUGAUAAAUUAAACCAUUCUUUACAACGCAGUUUGUUUGUAUGCUUUUGGAAAGUAAAUUGCACUGGUAAUUUUCAUAAUAAAUAGAUUUUUUAUUGGUAGUGAAGUUAAAAGCCUGUACUGGCUCCCACUCAACUUAAAACUUACAUUUGUUAGAGUUCAAUUGAGAGUAAGAUAAUGACUUUUUAUUGGAAAACAAAGGAGUUGAUGACAUACUGAAUAUUCCUAUAUCUAUCAAAUUGAUGAAAAUUGCAGGAAUAAAUGAUUCUCUGUUUUAGAAAAAUGAGUGGAUAUUUCUUUAACUUACAUAGGUCACUAAAGUUCUUCAGAUUGUUUCUAUUUAACGAUUAUAUUUAAAUAUUUCUAAUUAUCUAUGACAAUGUAUUUACAGAAUGUAUCUGAUUGCUUAUUAUCAUAAUGCUUCAAUCAUUUUAUUCUUUAUUAAAA